GGUGAUGAGAUGGGAUCAGGGUGGCCAGUGGUGCAUGCUCCACUGAUUAGAGAAGAGGCUCCUCCACAGGAUAAAAAAGAGCCCAAGAUGACAAUGUCACAGAGCUCUGGCAAUAUUGAUUCUAAGGCUAAUGGGACUACAACAACAGCAGCAGAAGUGAAUAAGUUACCCCAUAACUAUGAAGCCAUUAUCAAAGAUGCAGACUCACCAAUUGUCAAGUCCUCUAUAGAUAUGCUCUAUGAUCAGCUCCAAUCUGGAGUUUUCUUAAACCAAAAGAGGAAGAAGUAUUGGGUAGAAAGGAAGACAAACAGCAACUGCUUCAUGUUAUAUGCAAGGGAUCUCUCAAUCACUUGGGCUCAAGACAACCGUUAUUGGCACUGGCCCUGUCUCAAUGAAACCAGUAAUGAGUCUAUUGACGUUGCGGAGCUGUUAAAUGUUUGCUGGCUAGAUAUUCAUGGCAAAUUUGAGACAGCAAAUCUCUCACAUGGAGUAGCAUACGAGGUUGUAUUUGUGGUGAUGUUGAAAGAUCCAAGUUACGGGUGGGAAGUUCCAGUGAACCUCAGGCUCAUAACACCAGAUGGAACCACUCAACAGCACCAAGAAAAUUUGAUGCAAAAGCCGAGGGGACAAUGGAUUGAAAUACCUGCAGGGGAGUUUAGGAUGUCCCCGGAAAAGAUUGAAGACAUUCAGUUCUCUCUAUAUGAAUACAAUGGUGGGCAGUGGAAGAGGGGUCUGGCCAUCAAAGGUGUUGCCAUUCGGCCUAAAACAUGAAGCUCUUGCAUACAACAAUCAAGAGUUUGGCCUUAUUUGGUGCAAUUUAUUAGAGCCGUUUAUAGUUUUUUUUAUUAUUUAAGUUAUUUUUCAGAAUUUCUGUUAAAGUAUUUGAUACAAUUUCUGCUUAUAUCUUAUGAGAUAAAAAUACGUUCAGAUAAAAGAGGUUUAAUCAUUUAGGUGUAUCACACCAGAUGUGUAAUAAACCAUAACGAAGCAAAUAUACAAAAUACAAAAUACAAAAUAUAUGUAGUUUGGCAAUAUGUUUUA